ACGAUCGCGAAAUAUGGUUGCACAUAGCGGAAGUAAUUAACGCCGAUCCGCUCCGUUGGCUCGUUCGCGUUACCGCGACGAGCUCCGAUUUUUAUCCUGCUCCGCGACAACGAUCGGCAGUAUAACGUCAGUUUCAGCCGCGGGAUCUACCGCGUCGCGAUCGAGAAUGAUCUCUCUGAAAUGUGUCAAAAAAAGAAAAAAAUCGUUUCUCUUUUGACCGGAUGACGCUCGUGUAGUUUACUUCCGCAGGAAGUGAUUCGUGUUAGAAUUCAAUAAACUUGCAUAUGACAGCAUAUGUCAUUCGAGAAUGCCGGAGCUACUCUUAGAGGCCGCGUGUACGACGUGUGAACAUUUCGUAAUGUGACACAUCGCAGAUACAAACAGUCUGUUCAAAAUGGCAGCGAUUUGCUCCGGACGACCUGGUUGGUUAGGAAAGCUCGGAAUAGCAUUGCUAGCCACAUGGUUUUUAAUACUGAUCAUGUCCAUCGUUCAUAUAUUUAAGUCCAACUCGUUGUCAAGCCGCGACGCUGACACUGCCAACAAGGAGAACACGCAACGCCUAGCACAAAUGGUUAACGACUUUGAAAUUCUAAAGAAGCAGAACGAAGCGCUGAAGAACUUUAUAUUAGGAGAAGGGUCGAAGGCUAUACAAGGGGACCAUUUAGGCUCCGUGCAGGACAAGCUCGAGAAAGCAUCGGUCUAUUACGACCUAAUGGAGCAUCAGGAUGGAUCGAAACACGGUGUUCCCUCCUCGGAAUACGAGGAACUGCGACGGCGAUUGAGAAACGACGUUCAGGAGAUGUGGUAUUACGUUAGCGCCGAGUUGAAUAAAUUCAAGAAGCACAUAGAUGAAUUCACGUAUGAUCAAAGAGAAAAGGAGAUACAGGAUGUGAUGAAGAAUGCAUGGGAGCACAAAAAGUCACUUAUAAUGAAUAUCGAUAAGUUAAAGAAAACAGAUGGUUACGACGAAUGGCGGGAGAAGGAAGCGAAAGAUUUGUCCGAUCUCGUUCAGAAAAGAUUCAGGUAUCUACAAAAUCCUACCGAUUGUAAUAAAGCGAAGAAGCUGAUAUGUAGCUUAAAUAAAGGUUGUGGUUUUGGUUGUCAGAUUCAUCACAUCACGUACUGCUUCUUAGUGGCUUACGGUACAGAAAGAACAUUGAUAAUGAAAUCCAAAGGGUGGAGGUAUCACAAAGACGGGUGGGAAUCUGUUUUUAAACCCCUCAGCGAUACUUGUUUAUCCACAACUGGUACUUCACAUGCUAACUGGCCUGGAGAUCCGUCUAAACAAGUAAUAUCUCUGCCAAUUGUGGACAACGUUUAUCCCAAGCCAAGGUUCCAGCCACCCAGCGUACCUGCAGACUUAGCGCCGAGACUAGAGAAGAUUCACGGUCAUCCUCUGGUUUGGUGGGUAGGACAAGUGUUGAAAUACUUGAUGCGACCACAGGAUCACGUGAAGAGAACGCUGGAAAAGGCGAAAGAGAGGCUCGGUUUUAAGAAACCCAUCGUCGGCAUUCACGUGCGUAGAACUGAUAAAGUAGGUACCGAGGCAGCUUACCAUGACAUAGAUGAGUAUAUGACUAAAGUGGAGCAAUAUUUUGAUGAGCUCGAAGCAAAACCGGACGUGAGGAGAGUUUUUAUAGCCAGCGACGAUCCGAAAGUGAUAACGUCAGCGAGAAAACGUUAUCCGAAUUACGAGAUAAUAGGCGAUCCGGAAAUCGCGGAGACGGCAUCCGUGGCGAAGCGAUAUUCGGACACCUCGUUGCAGGGAAUAAUUAUCGAUAUCCAGCUUCUGUCGGAAUGCGAUUAUUUGGUGUGCACGUUCAGUUCUCAAGUAUGUCGCGUCGCGUACGAGUUAAUGCAAACCUUUUACGUGGACGCGUACGACAGAUUUACAUCCCUCGACGACAUAUAUUAUUACGGGGGACAAAAUUCACAUCCCCACAUAGUUAUUAUGGAUCACAAACCGAGAAAGAACGGCGAGUUGGAACUAAAAGUUGGUGACUUGAUCGAGGUCUUUGGCAAUCAUUGGGACGGUUUCUCUAAGGGAUACAACAGAAGAACCAGCAUGACGGGAUUAUAUCCAAGUUUCAAAGUUAAAAAUCCUGUUGAUGCCGUAGAUUUUCCCAAGUAUUCGAAUAUUCCUUUGCUGGAGAAUAAAGAGGAUUAAAUCAGAGUCGAGAUCGCUGAGCCAAGUCAUUUUCUGACAAAGUGGAAUUUCGAGUAAAUCGUUAUCUCUUUGGAUCAACUUCUCGAAAUAUUAGCAAAGGUAACAUGGCACGAUGUAUAUAUUUUGCUACUUGUAAAUUACGAUUUUAACGCUUGUAAAUUAUCACAAAUGAUGUCACAAAUGUCCAUGACUCAGACUUGUCAAAUAAGAGACUGUACGCUUUAUUCGAUUACGCUGAAUUUUUAAAAUAUUACAAGUGAUUUUUCUUGAAUGUACGUAACGGAGAUACCGGAGAUACAGUUUCCAAACAUUUAAGAUUCUUUUUAUAUAUGAAACUGUAAUGUAAGUUAUUACUAUGUAGAUAGCACUUUUAGGGAUAAGGUAAUUUGCAAAUCUGUAGUGCAAUGCAGUAUUUGUAAUAUUUUAAUAUAUUUUCAUUGAUGUUGCGAAAUGUGAUUGUUAAUUUAAUCAAAAAAUUUUAAUUAAAGAAGAUUAAUCUUGCCGAAUUAUUAUAUCUGGAAAUAUAAUGACACGAAAUAUAUAAUAUUUCGAUGUUAAGAUCGUGUCGGCAAACCAAAUUUGUUCCAUAUAUGUAUAUAAUAUAGAUAUAAUAGACUGAAAAAAAGAUUUAUUGUGCGUAUUAAAAUAUCCGACGUUUGUGCCAAUGCAUUCUCAUGAAACAUUGUUUACAUUGACGAGCUGAAAUUCGAUGUCCCUGGAAAAUACGUAAUAUAGUUAUUGAAAAGUUUUUCCUCAUUUAUUACACGCUCCAUUAUUUGUAAAUAAAGUUGUGAAAUUAUUUCGCUAGCGAAUGACUCGUAUCAAUGUUUAUCACAAUAACCGAAUUAUAUAAUGUGGGAUGUCCCAGAGAAAGCUUCUGUAUAUUUUGAAAUAGGAGAGAUUCGUGAUGUGUCGCUAAAAUAUACAAACUUUUGGGACAUUCUGUAUAUUUUACAUACAUGUACUACAUUUAAACUAGCUUAAUGGAUUGCAAUGUAAAAUAUCAUAUAUGUAUAUUAUGAUAUUUUACAUAUGUAUUAUGUAUAUUGUACAUAAAGUAUUCCCGCGUAAAUGACAUCGAGCUAGGCUUGGGGCCUAUCUUCAAUAUAGAAGAACUUUCCCUGUAUGCAUAUUGUAAUAUAUUUUAUACGCAA